AGCAUCGUCAUUUCAUCAUUUCUUUCUUCACUGUGAUAACCCUAAAGCCCAAAAAGAAUUCUGCAUAGUCAGCUGAAGAGGACGGAGGAAAAGCGGAACCAUCGGAUCCAAUAUCAGUAAUCAAUCUCGGCAAUGGCGAUGGCUGCGUUGAGGAGAGAGGGCAGGCGCUUCGCUACCCCUCUGAUGUCUGCCAACCCUGCCAACACCCUUCGAUCGUCUCUCUUACCGUCCGAGGAGCAGGCCAUUCUUGGAGUUCGUAGUAUUUCUACUCAAGUUGUCCGGAACCGCAUGAAGAGUGUCAAGAAUAUUCAGAAAAUUACAAAGGCAAUGAAGAUGGUUGCAGCUUCUAAAUUGCGAGCUAUUCAGACUAGAGCUGAAAAUUCGCGUGGCCUCUGGCAGCCAUUCACUGCUCUUCUGGGUGACCUCCCAAGUGUUGAUGUCAAGAAGACAGUUGUUGUUACCGUAUCUUCAGACAAAGGUCUUUGUGGUGGCAUUAAUUCUACAUCUGUCAAGAUAAGCAGGGCACUUCACAAGUUGAAUUCUGGGCCUGAAAAGGAAGCUAAAUAUGUUGUUCUGGGGGAAAAGGCCAAGGCUCAACUGGUUCGAGACUCAAAGAAACAUAUUGAGCUCUCCAUGACUGAGCUGCAAAAAAAUCCUCUUAAUUACACUCAGGUUUCUGUGCUUGCAGAUGACAUUUUAAAGAAUGUUGAAUUUGAUGCAUUAAGGCUUGUCUUCAACAAAUUUCAUUCAGUUAUCUCAUUUAUGCCGACUACAGCUACAGUGCUAUCACCCGAGGUUGUGGAGAGAGAAGCUGAGUCUGGUGGGAAGCUUGGGGAUCUGGAUUUGUAUGAAAUUGAAGGUGCUGAGACAAAGGGAGAAGUUCUUCAGAAUCUGACAGAAUUCCAGUUUUCUUGUGUCUUGUUCAAUGCAGUUUUGGAGAAUGCUUGUAGUGAGCAAGGAGCACGGAUGUCUGCAAUGGAUAGCUCGAGUAGAAAUGCUGGCGAUAUGCUUGACCGCCUCACCCUUGCUUAUAACAGAACCCGGCAGGCUUCCAUCACCACUGAGCUUAUUGAGAUUAUUUCUGGAGCUUCUGCGCUGACGGGCUAGUUGCACAGCCUUGCUCUACAUCUUCUGACGUUGAGGAAAUAAAAUCGAGGCAAAGACUUAAUUGCACCUUGUACAUCAAGAGCUUAUUCUGUCAUUAAUAUUUUUCUUUUACUCUGCAACUUCCUGAUUGUCACUGUUUGCUGUCAAAAGUUUUUUUGUUGAACUGCAAGCUUAAAGGCUCAUGAAUGAAAGGUGAUUGAGAUGCUCAAUUGGCUAAAUAUUAGUUGCUUGAA